UACUUCAGUUUAGUUCCGUCCAGAUAUCUUGUUUUGAGUUCGCGCUAGUACCUGACAGACUUCCUCCUGGGUUUACAAUGCAUCCAUGAGCUUGGGUCGGAUAUCGCGCUUGGUGACGUCAAAACAAGUUAUGUUGACAGCUAGCUUGAUGCUAGCCAGUCUUGCGUCAAGACCAGACCCGAGGCUUAGCAAAUCCCUCACUUACUCUUGUGGUUUUACAAGUCUUUGAUUCACAGAUGCAGUGUGUAGUUUCAGUGUGAGUAAUGCAGGAUAGGUACAGCGAGAUAGGCCUCGUCCAGCAAAUACUCGGUUUGAAUUUAGUGCCGAGAAAGAAUGGCACACACCGAGGCAACGACACUUCUCUCAACGACUUCUCAGAGAUGUGGUACGGAGUGUUUCUGUGGGCAGCGGUCUCCUCGCUGGUCUUCCACCUGCCGGCAGCGCUGCUCGCCCUCGCCACGCUGCGCCAGCACAAGAUUGCCCGAUUCAUUCCCAUCGCCAUCGUCCUCAUGGGCAUCGUGGGACCACUUUGUGGGGGAGUCCUCACCAGUGCAGCCAUAGCAGGUGUGUACAAGGCUGCAGGAAAGAGGAUGAUCCAUUUGGAGGCUCUAUUUUUCGGUGUGGGACAGUCAUUUUGUGUCCUCCUCAUCUCCUUCUUCAGGGUGCUUGCCACCCUUUAGCAGCGCCGCGGCCUGCCCGGCUGUCCCGCAGGCUGUCCCGCAGGCUGUCCCGCAGGCUGUCCCGCAGGCUGUCCCGCAGGCUGUCCCGCAGGCUGGCCCGCAGGCUGGCCCCAAUGCUGCCGGCUGAGUCUUGACACCGGUCUCACCUUCUCUUGGCGGAACCCGAGUUUAACGCGGAACAAGACUCGCUCUCUGGAAAAUCCCGGUUCCCAUGUAAACCAGUAGGGCCCGGGACAUGGCGUCAUUUUCCUACUGAUGGACCAAGACCGGAGCGGAUUUGAUUGAACUAUGAAAGAAAGAGCCGUGUGUAAACUGGAGGUGUGUGUUUGCAGCACUAAGCCUUCUGAAAGAUGUCCACUGUAGGACAGCACAGCGCUGCUUUCACAUCCCGGGCCAACCACACUACACACACUUUUCUCUGAUCUUUAAAAUAUAUUGAUGAUGCGCUCCCAGGGUUAGCGGCAUUUUUAAAUAAUAUUAUUAAAUAAUUAUUAAUAAUAGUUCUUCCAGUGUGGUGUGAAGGCAGCAGGAUGCUGUUGUUCCGUGUUGCCGGGGUUGUCGGUCAGCAGCAGGAUGACACUAACUUUCUCAGGGGCUGUGUCUGUUUGUUUGUGUGUGUGUUUCCGUGUGUGUGUGUGUCUGUGUCUGUGUCUGUGUGUGUGUGUGUCUUUCACUAUCGGUCUGACAACAUUUUGCCUGCCGAGAGACAGAAUAACAGGCAGGAAGAUGAUGGUUAUAUGCAAGAUUCUGGCUUUUUAUUUUUUUAUUUUUUUUCCUUGAGGCCUUAACUUCUUUUUUCUGACUUCCAAAGUGGUGUUUAUCUUCAGGGCUGUCUUUCUUUAACACCGUCUCUUGCUCCUUUCAUUCUAGUCUGACUGCCUGUGUGUUACUGUUCAUUCUUAAUAAGUUAGAAGCUCCUGCAACACGUUCCCUUCUAGCUUUCUCUGCUAAUUUAUUUCAGACAAGCAUAGAGGUUUUUAACGUUUUUACGAGGACACAACAUUUUAAAUUUUUUAUUCUGCCCUGCAAAUGCAGCCUAUAGAAUGUGUUCAGAUUCUCAUCCUCUUGGUUGGUGUGUUUGGUUGUGAGUGAAUAGAUCAGAGGUGCGCUCAGAUUACUCAACAAACCCCAAAAGAGUUGUUGAUCGUUGCUUUUCUCUCUUUGAAUGACACGAUGUUUUUACAGGUGUGUCAUUUUGGGACACUGAACUGAUUUGUAUAUAUUCUAAAUGAUUUCCAGGUCUUUGUAGCUUUUCAAUCUUUAUGACCAAAUAGGUUUUGCUGUUUUUAUUUCUCUGCACUAGAUGUAUUACGUUGUAAUACGGUGAUUGAACAGAAGUGUAGUUGUUAGUUGUUGGACUCGUCAUAUUUAGUUGCUUUGGAAGCCGACCGGUGCUUCUGCGUGCGUCCCUAUCAAAGGCAACACACAGACAUAGGUGAACUCCACAUGGAAAACUUUUACUUUAAUGAGGAGAAAGAUGGAGCUUAUAAGUGAUGCUGUUUCUGUUUAAACGACUACUCAGUAGUGAGUUACACUAGCUGCCGACGCCAGUACCAGACAUGGAUCUACUGUUGUGACAGGAGUCACUAUUCCAUUGGUUUUGAUUUCUAUUUUUGUAUCUUUGUCUUGAUGAUAAGCUGCUGCUGUAAAAAUUGCAUCAAGAAAUGACUUUGCCUCAUCAUUGGAUUUGAUGAAAAUGUCUUCUCUGGACUAUAAACAGGGCGAGAUGAAUCGGCUGGAGCAGGGGUGUCAAAAUCAACUUGACAUGGAAAGUGAGUCCCAUCCAGGGCCGGACAUGUAGAGUUUAUUGACAUGCUUUUGGUGUAAAGGUAAAAUAUUUUGACUGUAUUAUUGCAUGUCUCAUACGGUCUUCUCCCUCGCAAUUUGGUCUGUAUAAAUCUAUAACGCCAUGAAAAAGUCAGCAAAAAAGUUCCUUAGCCAUCUCAGACUUUAGCAAAUCAAACGACUACAUGUUUAAGAGUACACAACCCAAUUUACAACAACCUGGUUCCCAGGCCUGAGUCCUGCUUUGAGUUUUGUGUAAUUGUAGUUUGAAAAACAUUGUCCCGUCUUUUUGGUUUAGCGCACAACUACGUGGGCCAGAGGUCAUAGUGAACUUAAAUUGAUAUGUAGACCGGAUCAGAAUCUGCAAGGUGCCAGAUUUGGCCCGCGGACCUUGAGUUUGACACUAGAGUGUCCCGGGGCCAAAAAUGAGUUGCGUAAUUAAUAUGCACUUUGUAAGCAUGCCACCAAGUGAAAUAUCAUAGGUAAUAGAACCCAACAAUAAAGGAAUUUUAAGGCAGAUAUUAAUACAAACCUUUGGUGAUUUAAAAAUCUGAUAUUCUGAUAUAUCUGCAGAUCUAUAUUUAAAAACAAAAUUGCGUAGCAAAACAGAUUUCCCUAACAUUAGUUUUUUGUAGUUAUUUAUGAGUAAAAUAUGAUAAUUUGUGUUAGUGUCACUGUCAACAGAACAGAGGAACAUCAAAAUAUAUUAUAGUUCUGAUAAAUAAAAUGUAUAAAAACACAAGCUUAAGAUAUGAAACCUAAAGUCCUUUGAACAAUAACACAUUAACAAAAAAAUAAUCCGUGUUGCCAACAGGGACGCUGUAGAGCGUCCUCUGGUGGACAGACUAUGCAACGCCAACACUCAACAUGGUUGACAGUCCGUUUUUAUUUUUUAAAGAUUAAUUCAUCAGAAUUAUUUGUCAUAAACAAUACUGAUGAAUGAUUUUUUUUCUUUAUUUUUUAUUGGCCUUUAAUAAUGCCUAUACCGCUAGAUUGGGAAAGGCCUACUAUCGCCCCCCCGAUACAUCGGUCGGGCUCUACAAAAGUGCUUCCCAAUUCAGGAUUACAAACGGAGUGGUAAAACUCGAUCACUCAUAAAUCUUAUAAAUGCACCUUUGAUUGACAUUUAACAGAACGCCGUGCCUAAUGCAGAGAUGGUAACAAUCCGGUAAAUUGUCCAACCGCCUGAACGUGUCUAACCAUAAGGUUACCUCCUAAUCUCCUGGAGACCGUAUCAGCCCCAGAUCUCUCCAGAAGACGCUGGAGCUGGUCUAGAGUCUGCGUGAGGGGCUUCUUUUAGAAAUCCCAGGUCUUGUGUGGGAACUGGCAUGUGCAUGUUUUCAACAUCUGGCCCCAGCUCCAGUCCAGGGAGUCUUUGAUUUUCUGUCUUUGUUCCAUACUUGGUUUAUUUUAUUUGUGGUGCAGAUUGUUUUGCACGUUCCCAUUGGAAAUAUAGUUUUCCUAUAUUUUGCUGCAGAUGCCAUUAUAAUCUCCAGGAUCCCGGGAUUGGGAGUAAAGAGGGAGCAAACUGCAGAUUCUCAUAUAACUCCAAAAAAUAAUUUCUUUAACCCUUCAGACCAAAGAUGGUUGGAUUUAUUUUCUCAUGUACUUCACCAGCUCCACUUCAGUUCUGUUACAUCUGGAGGAACCGUCUCAGUGCAUGUUAGACGUGGAGCAAAUCAAGAAUGUUUGGCUCAUGUUUUAGUUCUGGGAAAUACAAUCUAGGAAACUAUGAGAGGAAAUAAUGUUGACUCAGAUUGUAAGGACAAGGCUCCAGAUGUGGGACAGACAAUGGGACAGGAAUAGUUUCAAACUGCUAGUUAGCUGAAGACUUGAGACCAACAGCAGCGGCUAUUUUUUUGCCUUUUUGUCCUGCAGGACCAUUUUAAUGGUGGGUCUUUUAGAAGCUCGAGAGAUUUCCUGCCACACCGCGCCACUAACGUCUUCAGAUUUGUAAUUUCAGUGUGUGGCAUCGCACUGAACAUAUAUUUUUAGAAGAGCACGGCCAUUAGAGGCAGGGAAAUGAAAGUGACAUCAUUGUUCCUACAAAGACUUGGUGACGCCGUGAAACCAUCCGAGCACCUCAGUGAACCGCGGCUGACGCAGAAACAGACGAGCCCUUGGCCUCGCUUCACGCUGCACGUGUCGGAGAAUGUUUAUUUUUUUAUGGUUGUGUAGUUAUCUCUUUGAGAAUCUGUGCGUGUCCUCUCUGGUUCUGUUACAGCAGCACACGUUGGCGACUUCAGUCUGGAAACGGGAAGGGUUGCCCCGAAUAAAACAGCGUCAGCGUAUCAUAAUCAUAUGGUUUAAAUGUGCCGUUGGACCAAUCCAGGACUGAGUUGGUGCUCGAUGCUCUUGACUGUUUUCUCCCGACGUUUUUUUGACAUUUUGGUGUUUUCUUUAAAGGGGGGUGGGGCGGUUUGCGAUAUUUUUUCCAACACUUUUUUUUUGUAUUUUUUUUUUUUUUUGAUGGCUUUCUCUCCCUGUUUUUCCAAACUUGUUUUUAACGUCUUUCCUUGAAAAAGGAUUAUUAUUUUUUUAUUUAACUUGCCUGAUCGGACAAGUGUAAAAACCCUAACCCUUAGCGUUGAACCCUGAACUUGUAGGUUUUUUUUGUUUAGCACCUUCAUCCACUGGGUUGCCUCCUCUAUCUGCGUUUGAUUUCAGAACUAAGGCGUAUGUCUCUGAGUUCUGUUGAUCAUCCGACCCACGUUAAGACCAUAAACAUGAAUUCCACAUGUUGUACUCCUUUAUCAGGAGGAAAAGGUCAGAGACCAAAAGCAGCUACUUCCUGCUGCAGCACACGUCCAUGCACACAGACGAGGCCGUCUCAGAGUCCUCAGAUAGACUUAAAGUCCCUGUGUGAAUGUUCUAGAACUUAACACAGGAGCAUACACCAGGCUAAAGAAUGUUGAUUCACAAAGUGUUACGCCAACACUUAAAGAUCAUUAAGUAACACUAAUGAUGAAGCUGCCCUCUGAUUGGUACGUAUGCCGGUCUCAUUUCUCCUGAGGAAGGGGAAGAAAACAAUGGAAUAAUAAAAAUAUGAAUGCUAAAUUAAAGUGAGAUAUCCAGUGGUAAUAAUUUGACUAAUCCGUCUGAACCCGGCAUUAGUUUGGGCUGGCUGGUCCUUAUGAAUGGGCUAAACUGGAAUGUCAACAUUGAUGUUGAAGAAUCAUAAUUUCCCCUACAUUUGUUUAUGAUUCUGCCAGGGAUGGGCUUCCAUAGUUGCCGUUGUCCCAUACGAAUAUUUAAAAAAUUGUCAUCAAGCUCCCAAUUAAUUUGGUUUGCCGGGUGUAUUGAUAGAAAUGAUUUUUAAUCCACAGCCAAGUUAUGUAAAUAAAUCACAAAUGUGAAAGUAAUGCUCAGCAUCUGCUGUAACAGAACCAUUUAUUUCCACAUUCCUGGACUGAUUUAGUUCUGUUUUUUGCGAAUGGAAAUUGUUUUAAAAAUUGAGUAAAUUAAGUGCCAAUGGUUAAUAUUUUCAUGGAAUAAAAAUGUUUUAACUAA